AUGUUGCUGCAGAUAGGGGGUGCUUUAUUCCUUUUGGUGGGUGGGGUUGCUCGCGAUGCAGCAGCAGCAGCAGCAGCAGAAAGCAGCAGCAGCAGACCACUGGACCCUGCUGCAGCAGCAGCAGCAGAAGAAAUCCUUUCAUCCCCCUCCUCCUCCUCAGCAGCAGCAGCAGCAGAUCGCCCUGAAACAUGGCUUGAUCGUGUGAACCUGCCUACACUAGUUGGGGGUUCUCUGCUGCCUUUGCUGCAGCAGCACCUGCAGCAGCAGCUGCAGCAGCAGCAGCAGCAGCAGCAAGUAUCAACCACCACCACUUCUUCUCCUUCUUUUGACUUCACUUCUGAGGAGCCGUUGCUGGGGUUCUUGCCGCAGCGGCCGCCGCAGCAAGCAGAGACAGAGACAGCAGCAGAAGCGGAGACACAGGAGCAGGAUGCAGCAGCAGCAGCAGAUGGUGGUGUUGGGGUCUUAGGCUCACGACCAUCAUCCGAAAGCUUCGCCGAAGACAGCUUGCUGCAGCAGCUGCAGCAGCAGCAGCAGCAGCCCGAGCAGCAGCAGCAAGCUGCUGCAGACGAACGCGCACCAGGCUCCCGGCUGCGCCCAUUCAGAGACCCUCUGUGGCUCCCGCAGCAGCAGCAGCAGCAGCAGCAGCAGCAGCUGCAGCAAGACAGCAUCAGCAGCACAUCCACACAACCUUCCAGCAGCAGCAGCAGCAUUAGAUUGCCUAUUAGAAUCCCUAGCAGCGACAGCAGCAGCAGCAGCAGCGGCAGACUGCCUAUCGGCAGCAUCGGCAGCAGCAGCAGCAGACUGCCUGACAGCAGCAGCAGCGACAGCAGCAGCAGCAGCAGCAGCAGGCCCUCAAUCCCCCCCAGCAGGUUCCCUUCUCUGCAAAGACCUCAGCAAGAGGGGUCCCGUAAUGAAACCGAAGAGGUGGCUGAUGAUGAGGACCUGAAGGAGCUUCUUCUCCAAGACGGCCGCACUUUGUCUGUUUUGUCUUUUAAAGCCUGGUCCCUGGCAGUAGAAGUCCGAGGGGAAGUCGACCGGGAGGAGUUGAUAGACCUUCUCGUUGCUGCUGUCUCUGACGCCUGUCACGCUGCAGAGUUCUUCGAUGGAGGCAUGUUUGCCGACGAGCUGACGGUAGACAACGGCCUGAUAGAGAUAGCUGUUGAGUGUGUGGUGAGCCCAGCAGCAACUCUGCCUUCUGCUGCAGCAGGAGAGGAGGAGACACAGGAAGAGCAGCAGCAGCAGCAGCAGCAGCUGCGGCUGCCGUCGACAGCAGCAGAAGGCAGCAGCAGCAGCACCAGCAGCAGCAGCGACAGACUCAAAUUCUCCUUAGGACUUCUACGGCCCCAGCAGCAGCAGCAGCAGCAGCAGCAGCAGCAGGAAGAGGUCGAGCCUGAACAAUCAGCUGAGCAGCAGCAGCAGCAGCAGCAGUUGUUGGAGCAGCUGCAGCAGCUGCAUAAACUGCAGCAGCAGCAGCAGCAGCAGCGAGUAACAGCAGCAGCAAACAUAAGGAAAAAUGCUGUUGCUGUCUUUCUCUCUGUUAGGGGCCAACAAACCCUCACCUCAGCUGACGACGAAGACAAGCUGCUGCAGGGCAUUCUUACUUUCGUAGAUCAACUCACACAAGCAAACCCUAAACCCUAA